AUGACCGUUGCCGGUCCUGGGGAAGGAUCGAUUUUGCCGACCUGGAGAGAGACCCGCCCAGUCGCCGCCUUGGACCGGCUAAGCAGAAUGAGGUCGUCGUGCGCCGGCCUAGCAUCACGGUCAUCUGCUCCCCAAAGCGUUCAUGACAUCGCUGGCGUUUGGAGAGGUAUAUUGCACGAAUGGAUGGAGGUGGCUGGGGCAAAGUGUGCCAAGGGUUGGUGGGUUGGGGGUGCCUCGUCGACUUCGGCGGUUCGGCUCCAGAGCCAGAGUCAGGGCAUCCCCCACCCCGAGCGCACCUCUCCACUCUCCGCCUCCGUCCGCCGAGCUUCGAUGGAUCCCUCCGCCUCUCGCCCCGGCCCAUCCGGCAGUCCUCCUCAGCCGAACACCAGCAAGAUCCCGCGGCUCUACCAGUCCGAGCUCUUCGAGGAGGCCAAGAAGCGCAACAUCAUCAUCCGCGCCGACACCGGUACCGGGAAGACGUUUGUCGCGCUCAACCUGAUCAAAUGGACCGCCGCCCAGACCCAGGCCAACCCCACGCAGCAUCAGAUCCAGGCCUUCCUCGCCCCCACCCGCCCGCUCGCCCUCCAACAGGCCGAAUACGUCCAGAGCCAAUCUGCCCUUCGGGUCAAAGCCUACACCGGCGAGCAGGCAGAGCUGUGGAACAUCGAUAAAUGGCGCUCAGAAUUACUCGAGGUCGACGUCAUAGUCUCUACAGCCCAAAUAUUUUACGACUUGAUCUCCAAAGGAUACUGGAAAUUAGAAGAUGUAUCCUUAUUGAUUUUUGAUGAGGCGCACCAUUGCCGAAAAAAUCAUGUAUACAAUCAGAUAAUGCGAGUUUUUCCAACGAUUAAAUCAGUCCAUUAUCAUCGCCUGGCCAAAGAUCCUACACGGCGUCUACCCAAGAUUUUAGGACUGACAGCAUCGCCCAUAUGGAACUACACUGACUUGGAAAAGGCAGAAAGUGACAUCAGGAGCCUCCAGUCCGCCCUUGCAGCUCAAAUAUACGAGGUCAAGAUACACACCGAAGAUGUUGGCCAGCAUAACUUCAAACCGAACGAACAGGCCGUGUACUACGAUCCUUCUCCAGAUUUCCAAAAGCUUUCUCAUCCUCCAUGGGACCAGAUUAACGAGCUUAUCAACUUGCAUGCCAGUCCCAAACUGCUCGCCGCCCUCGAAUCAGUCUCUGUGGAACUAGGUGUCUACGCGUACACGUUGGCUGUCCACGACUGGCUCACAUCCCUCUUGACCGUCGGUGGCUCAAAUCAAUUGAUGUCCGGGCGCCUCUUUGAUCCAAAUCAUCAAGAACGGAUUCGACAAAUGAUCAAGCAACUCGAGGAGCUUGUGACUAUCGAUCAUAUCCCCGAGGACCAACUCUCGUCAAAAGUCAACGCCCUGAACACGAUCCUUGUCAAUUACAAAGAGAAGGACGAUCACGACAACUUUCUCUGCAUCGUGUUUGUCGAACGCCGGCAACACGCCCAACUACUCCCGAUUCUUCUGCAGCGUAACGCCCAGCUGAAAGACUUCCUGCGUCCGGUGGCCUUGACCGGCCAUGGUGGAAGCAAGGAGAACGACCUGAUUGGGAUAAAGAUGGACCAGAGAUCACAAAACAAGACCGUCGCAAAGUUCAGGACCGGCGAACACAACUUGACCAUUGCAACUAGUGUGGCCGAGGAGGGUCUGGACUUCCGCUCGUGCAGGGUAGUCAUACGAUUUGACCUCAUUACUACUUGGAAAGGGUACAUUCAAUCUCGUGGUCGAGCUCGAGCCCGCGAAUCGGACUACAUCGUCAUGCUUCCUACUGGCACAGCGAACAAAUAUUCAGCAUUCAGCGGGAAAGAGGAGGAGCUCAAAGCGAUACUUUACAACCGUCAUGAGGAUGAGCAGAUCGUCGAUGGCGAAUUGGAAUCUACGCCUCAUUUGAUUUGCCGGCUUGCUGAUGGAAAGGACUCGAUUUUGACCUACAGCGCAGCAACUGGUCUUCUGAAUGACGUCUGUCAACUGAUCCCGCCCGAUGAAUUUCUUCCAGCCUUUACGCCGGAAUACGAGAUAACAUCUCGCACGUUCACUGGCGUGGAGAUGUCAACGAAGAAAGACGCCAAACGGUCGGCCGCUUUUGCAGCCUGCAAAGUCUUGAGAGAGCUCGGUGCCCUCAACGAACAUUUCCUACCUCAGAGAGAAGAUAAGACGAGUCAGCCUCGGGAUGCGGAUGGUCGGCAAAUCGAAACCACACCGCUCUCAGAUCAGGUUGAGGCAAUCAUCCCGAACGUCUUCGGCGAUUUCCGGACCUCAUCCGAAGUUUGGCUUCAUCAAUUCUCUUUCCCGGACGAGAGUCCAGCCGGAUUCUCGACGAUGGGCUUCUUGUGUGGCCGUCAUCUGACCAUCCCGGAUGGCCUGCAGCUAUUCGAUCACUUCAAAGACAGCAGUCCUCUGCCCGUCAAGAUCGAACGGAGCGACAAGAUCGAGUGGGGCAAAGGUGACGCACCGCUCAACUUGCAAAGAUUAGAGAAAUUCACUCGCGUGGUGCUGCAAGCCACUGCAAAUCGAAAGGCGUACGAAGGAAAACUCUAUUUCCUUGUCGCCCCGCUUCUCAAGGAUACAUCUGAGAUCGAUUGGAAUCUGGUGGACACACCUAUGUGUCCACUCGUGGAUACCGCCGACAGCUUGCGCUACCAAUAUACGGUCGUCCCCGUCAAACACCUGCACUUUAGGUUGUUUGAGACCUGCGAACCGGCUGGAGAUUUAUCUGAGGCCUCUCCACCUGAGCUUGUACCUUUUUCUCCGAGCAUGCGGGACUUCUGUAAGAAGAUCUCCAAAUUCCACAAUCUGGGGCAUUUUUACAAGGUUGUUUACGAUCUCAAGGAAGAACAGUUCCAGGGAGAGUUAGUCUUUCUUCAAACCACUUUCCAGAUCAUGAACAAUCUUUCGAAGUCUGAAUCAACUCUGGAACAUCCUCGCCGCACUUUGUUCCCGCUGAAGCUCUGUCAGGGAACAAACAUCCCUCGACCACUCUGGAAGAUAUUCAGUUACUUGCCAUCGCUGACACGUCUCUUGCACGAUUCACUCCAGGCGACUGCUCUGUUCAAGCGACUAGAUUUCCCAAUGAUAUCGCUGCAACUUGGAAUUCAAGCGCUUACCCCGCCCGGUGUCGGGGUCCCUUGGGACUACCAAACUCUUGAGACCAUGGGCGAUGCUUUCCUCAAGUUAGCCACCUCGGUUCACGUCUAUCUGAGUCACUUGAAAAAGGGCGAAGGUGACAUGAGCAUUGUCCGAUCGAAAUCGAUCGAUAACGCUUAUCUGCGGCGAAAAGCAGUCCAGGUCAACCUGCCGGGCUCUAUCCUUAGUCAACGCUUCCGCACGGACAGAUUCCGAGACGCCCAAACAGAAGACGGCAAAGAGCUUGCCAACGGGAAUUUCUCGAGAAAGAUCCCUCGACGGGUUUUAUCCGACGUUGUCGAGGCUCUCCUGGGAGCCGGCUUCCUCACCCAUGGGGUUGAACUUGGCUUGAGAAUCGGAACGGCUCUGGACCUGUGCUUCGGCGGCACUUCGCCCUGGAACAAACGCACGUUGAGUAUCAAUUUUGAGAACGAUAGUCUCGAUAGGCUCGAGCCAUCAAUCCGGCUCCAAUUCCAAGCGCUCCAAGACAAGAUUGACUACACGUUCAAGGAGCCUUUGCUGUUAGUACAAGCGCUAACUCAUCGUAGCGCCAACUCAUUCAUCACGAACUGCUACGAGAGGGAGGAGUGGCUUGGGGAUGCGGUGAUCGACAUGUGGAUUGUCCAACAUGCGUACAACCGCUUCGACAACGCAACUGCGGAAGAAUUGACUCUUGCCCGAGCCAAGGUGGUUUCUAAUGGUAGUCUAGGCUUCUUGGCAAUCAGGAAGCUAGGACUGCACGAGAUCAUCAUGCACAAGUCUGAGACCUUCAAACAAGCCUGUGCUGAGGCCAUCGAAGCCAUCAAACCCUUCACAAAGAUCGAAGAGUUCUUUUCCAACCUUAAUAACCUCUUUGUGGUCUUCGAUCCGCCCAAGAUCUUGAACGACGGCUUGGAAGCCCUGGUAGGCGCAGUGUUCAUCGAUAGCGGCUUCGAUCUUCCAACCGUCUAUCGGACCCUGGACAUAAUCUUCGAGGAUGUCACCCCAGGCCUGUCUCAGCAGGUUGCUCGUGACCCCUUGUCCACCAUGUUGAGACUCCGUGACCGGCAUCAAUGUAUCAAAUUGCGUCGAAUCUCAACGACCGUUAACGAACCCAAUCCCGAAGGAGACGACCGCGACCCACUCUCAUUUAAAGUCUGCACGAUUGAGUUCCAUGGCGAAGAGAUCGCCAGUGGGAGACAUAAGGGUUCGCCAAGCGUGGCAGAACAGAGGGCCUCGCUUGCAGCGCUCGAACUCCUGCAGGAACCAUCCUCUGAAAGCUCAACAUCAAAUUCUUUGUGGUCGAGAUGUCAGUGCAAGACCGAAGUCGUGGCCACAACAGGAGCGGCCUCAUCAAACCUGCCUACAAGCAAGAAAAACAACAAGAGAAAGGCAGCCACACUAGACGACGUCUCAUCAGCCACAGUUGCCGAGAAAACCGAUUCACCUACCGCUGUGAAACAGGAGAUAUUGGCAGAGAGUGUGAUCAACACCGCAAGCAACGUCGAACGUACGAUCAGUGAUCAAGCUGAAGUGGACGACAAGCCUCCCAUAAAGGUUGAGGAGACCGAGGAGACGGUGAUCAAGGUUGAAGAUUCCGACGAGAUAGACAUGCUGAUGGAAGAGACAAGCGUGAAGAUGGAGCCGGUGGAUUCGAGAGGUGUUGUGGCUGAAGAGGUUCACAUGGUGAUUGACACUCUCGUGGUCAAGAAAGAAGAACCGGAUCUGUUGUACGGAAAGCAGAAUAGACACAAGAGGGCCAAGCGGAACCGAAGGCUGCGUGCAGCUGAAGCCUCCCGUGUUCCUCUGGCCGCCCCGACUCAUCAAGAACAACCUCCGCCGAUCGACGGCCAGUCGACAGAAUAA